GUGUCUCAGCAGCUCUCUGGUUCAGAGCCUCUGAAGGCGCUCAGGUUGAAGUUACCGUCAGUCGAAACACACUCCUACAGCUCUGUGCGUGUGUGUGUGUGUGUGUGUGUGUGUGCGUGCGUAUGUUUUCUGCUUCUCCACAUGGAUUUAACACCAAAGCAUGAUGGGAGUACAGCGGCCGUCCUCGUCCUGUCAGAGGAUUGUUAAAGUUGCUGCAGUGUGAGGGGAGAGCAGAGAUUCCUGCAGGAGUCGCCUGACGGGACCUCAGGUCUGAGGAUCUUCAUGGACGGACCAAAGAUGGCAGCUUUAGGAACAGCUCUCCUCACUUUAGCGUCAGUCCUCCUGCACGUGGCAAGAUGUCAGGGCAGUAUGGGAAAAGGGAAAGACAGCUCGCCGCUAAGGUUCACACAUCAUCUUUACAAUGCCACUAUCAACGAGAACUCAGCCCCGCGGACGUACGUGGAGACGCCCGUGAAGAUGGGCAUUGAAAUGACAGAUGUGUUCUGGGAAAUCAAGUAUAACGUCGUCUCAGGUGAUGACGAUGGCCUCUUCCAGGCAGAGGUGGUUAAAGUCGGGGAUUUCUGCUUCCUCAGGAUCAAAACACGCAGCAGUAACUCGGCACUCCUCAACAGAGAGGUCAGAGACACUUACGCUCUCACUGUGGCCGCGACCGAAAGCACUUUUGACUUCCAGGCGAAGACGAAGGUGUUGAUCCAGGUGCUUGACACCAAUGACCUGAAGCCUCUUUUCUAUCCCGCCUCGUACAACGCGGCCAUCAGAGAGGACACUCCACUCAAGUCGAGUGUGGUGAAAGUUAGUGCCACAGACGCCGAUGUCGGCAGCAACGCUGAGUUUUAUUACUCCUUCACCAGCAGAGCUCAUCCGUUCGUCGUCGACCCUUUCACGGGCACAGUCAGCCUCGUCAAGAAGCUAAAUCACACCCGCACGGCGAGGUACGACCUCACCGUGUUGGCUGAGGACAGGACGAAGAAAAUAUCUGGUGUUCAGAAAUUUGGAAAUGUUGCCAGGGUUACAGUAAACGUCCAGAAGACAUCCACGAGUUCUCCAGUUAUCACACCUCCCCACAAACCCACAGUGUCCACAGGCGGCAGAAUAAGUAUUGAUGUCCACGUGGAGGCCGGCGUUAAGCCCGUGGAAUCCCUCCAUAUUGUUGGAGGAGAUCCCCACAAGUGUUUUGAGAUAAUCCCGUCAGGUGUGCAGGGCAGAGACUUCCAAGUGAUCUCCACAAAGAGGAUUAUCUGGUCUCAAACUCCUUUUGGGUUGAAUCUGUCCCUUCAGGCUAAAGACCGGAGCUUCCCCAGUUUACUCUCUCCGAUUACACACAUCCACAUCCCGGCUCAUCAUUACAGCCCGCUGGCGUUUCUCGAGGACACCUACAUCGUAACACUGAGCGAGUUUUCACCGCCUAAAACUCAUGUAGUCAAAGUCUCUGUCUCCUCUGUGCCUUAUAACGUCACCUUCAGCAUCAAAAAUAAUGCUGACAGCACCAAAUUCAGGAUUAACCCCAGAACAGGAAUCAUAGUAACAACGGCGAGAUUUGACUAUGAGAGGAAGGAAAGAUAUGAGUUCGAUGUGAUGGCGAAUCACGGUGAGGCUGAGACUCACGUGGUGAUUGAGAUUAUGGAUGAAAACGACAACAGCCCACAGUUCAGCCAGACGUCCUAUCACGCCACUCUGGAUGAAAACGCCCCUGUCGGCAGCAGCGUUCUGAAAGUCGUCGCCACAGACAGAGACAAAGGCAAAAACAGCUUUGUGACGUACACUAUAGCGAACGCAGGCCCAUUACCUUUCAUCAUAGACCCGUUCACAGGCGUCAUCUCCACCUCCGAACACUUGGACUACGAGCUGAUGAAACGGCGCUACCAUCUGAGAAUCUGGGCGUCAGACAGCGGCACCCCCUUCAGUCAGGUCAGCGAAUGCCCCGUGACAAUAACCCUCAACAACAUCAACGAUAACUUCCCUCUGUUUGAGAGGGUGGGCUGCAACACCACCGUGCCUCAGGACUUACCCGUGGGACACACCAUCGCUGAGCUGUCAGCCAUCGACGUGGAUGAGCUGCAGCAGCUGAAGUACGUCUUCGAGUCAGGGAACGAGCUCCAGGUGUUUGGUAUCGACCCAGUGUCAGGCGCCGUCACCCUGAAGCAGCCGAUCCCUCUGAGAGCAAACUCGUUUGAUUUAAAAGUUGUAGCCACAGAUGGCAAACAUUUCUCAGAGGCUUCAGUCAUCAGGGUAACCGUCACUAACAGAGGCGAUGAUGCGACGCUCCAGUGCCACGAAACAGGUGUUUUCAAACAGCUGACCGAUAAACUGAUCGAGUCCAUCAAACCCAUUUUAACCAUUCAAGAAGAAGACACGUUCUCUGAUCUGCACAUCACCAACCGUCACUCUCCAAAGUUUGACCUGAGCAUCCCGGGUUCUAUCGACCUCAUUGAGGACCAUCCGCUGAAUUCCACCAUCGUCCAGUUCAAGGCGACGGAUGCUGACUCUGGAUUCAACAGUAAGCUGGUGUACGCCAUCUCCAGUGGGAACGAGGACGGCUGUUUCUUCAUCGACGUUUUCUCUGGUGAUCUUCAGUUAGUCUGUCCGCUAGACAGAGAGAGUAAAGAGUUCUACAUCUUGAACAUCACUGUUUAUGAUUUGGGAAUACCGCAGACGUCUGCGUGGAAGUUUGUUGCAGUGAACGUCAUGGACGUCAACGACAAUCCUCCGGUUUUCGAUCAGCCCAGAUACGUGAUCCAUGUGCCUGAAAACACGGAGGUGGACUCCAUCAUCUUCACAGCUCGUGCAGUAGAUCCUGACGCAGAUAUGAGCGGGAAUGUCCAGUACUCCCUGCUGACGUCCACUGACAUGUUCAGGGUUGAUGAAGCGACUGGCGAGGUGACGGUGACGGGCCGUUUGGAUCGGGAAGCCUCGCCCAGGCAUGACCUCCGGAUUGAAGCCAGAGACCAGGCCAAGCUGGGCCCUCAGCUGUUCUCCAUCAUCGACCUGGUGGUGGUUUUACAGGACAUAAACGACAACCCGCCAAAGUUUGUGCCCAAAGUUUACAAAGUCAAAGUUCCCGAGGACGUUCCUGUGGGCACACUGCUCGUCUGGGUCGAGAGCGUCGACUUGGAUCAGGGCAGUGGAGGCCUCGUCACCUACAACCUCAAGAACACAGAGGGCGGGAUCUUCCACCUCGACGCCUCCACGGGCGCCUUGAUCCUGGAGCGGGAGCUGGACUUUGAGAGACGGCCAUUUUACAACCUCACGGUCCGAGCGGUGGAUCACGGCCUCCCUCGCUCCUUGUCCUCCUCCUGCUUUGUGGAGAUUCAGGUUCUAGACGUGAACGAGAACCUCCACAGGCCUGUGCUGUCAGAGUUUGUGUAUGAAGCCGGAGUGAUGGAGGACUCAGCGGUGGGGACGUCCGUGGUCACACUCACAGCUUCAGAUAAAGACCUGGGCAGAGAUGGAGUCGUCAGGUACCACAUCCAUGAAGGCUCCGGUCUGGGCGUCUUCGCCAUCAACGAGGAAACAGGUGUGAUUCGUACGACUGAGAUGUUGGACCGCGAGACGACGCCUCACUACUGGCUCUCCGUCUACGUCACUGAUCUGGGAACCGAACCUCUGAUCUCCUGGACGCACGUUUUCCUGGAGGUCCUGGACGUUAAUGAUAACGCUCCAGAACUCUCUCAGCCCGUGUACUUUGCGUCCGUCCAGGAGAACGUGGACAAAGUGAAGUCAGUCGUCCAGGUGUUGGCAACAGACGUGGACACUUCCUCUGAGGGGAAGCUCUCCUACCAGAUGCUGGAAGCUCAUCGGACGUACUUCGAUGUGGAUCCCAAAACAGGUGUCAUCAGCACUCUCUCAGCGUUGGAUCGGGAGGAUAAACCAGAGCACAGUGUCGAGGUCAUCGUGUCAGAUAAUGGCGCCCCACCUCUGCGCUCCACCGCCACCGUCGUGAUCCGAGUGCUGGACGCCAACGACAACCGACCAAAGUUCACCGACAAACUUUUCCACAUCAAACUCCCGCAGCAGCGCCGGCAGGCGGGUAAACAGGAAGUCUGCAGGAUGGUCGCUCGUGACGACGAUGAGGGCGCCAACGCCGUGGUGACCUACAAGCUCCAAGACAACAAGGAUGAGGCGUUUGAGAUCGACCCUGUGACGGGCGUGGUGACAUCACAUGGUGACUUCUGGCCUGGAAACUACAGUAUUCUCACGAUUAAAGCUACAGACCAGGGCAGCCCGUCACGCUCGUCCACGUCGAGACUCGACAUCGAGUGGAUCGCCCGCCCGCCGCCCUCUGCUGAGCCAAUCACGUUUGAUGAGCCCCACUUCACCUUCGCUGUCAUGGAAACGGAGCCUGUCACUCACAUGGUGGGCAUCAUCAUGACGGAGACGCACCCGCUGAGGUGGUUCGACAUCAUAGGUGGUGAUGAAGAAAAGGACUUUGACAUCCAGAGGAAUACAGGAACCAUCUCCAUCGCCCGCCGGCUUGAUGCAGCUCGACGCUCCAACUACAACAUGACAGUGCGGGUCACCGACGGCCAUCACAGCGCCACCACACAGGCCUACAUCCGUGUGCUGGACAUGAAUGAGCAUCGGCCCGUCUUCCUGAAGCCGCUGUACGAGGUGAGGGUUCCCGAGGACACCUCGCCUUGGAAAGACAUCCUGCAGAUCAGCGCGCAGGACGCCGACACCAACAGUAAACUGGUGUACUCCAUCCACAGCAGCCUCCACCCGGACAGCACCAAGUUCUUCCAUCUGGACCCCAAGAGUGGAGUCCUGGUGAUGACGGAGGAGCUCGACUACGAGAUGAUCUCCACUCACACGCUUAUCGUCAUGGUGCGUGACCAGGAGAUCCCCGUGAAGAGGAACUUUGUGAAGGUGGUGGUUCACGUGGAGGACUGUAACGACCACUCGCCGGCAUUCCUCAGCCCUCGCUAUGAGGCCAGCCUCUCUAACCUGGCCCCCACAGGCUCCGAGGUCGUCCGGGUCAAAGCCCUGGACAAAGACAUGGGCAGCAACGCCGACAUCAGCUACUCUCUGAACUCUGGGAACAUCGACAACAUCUUCUCCAUAGAUCCCAAGCUGGGCUCCAUCACUGUGUCCAAACCUCUGGACCUGCAGCCUCAGGACCAGUUCCACCUGACCGUGAAGGCGACUGACCAGGGCUUCCCUCAGCGCAGCGACCUCUGCUCCGUCCACGUCCACAUCCGCAUCUCAGACCACACUCCACCAGCCUUCCCCUCUGAUGAAUACCUGACAGAGGUCAGUGAGUCCAGCGCCCUGGGAACACCGGUGGUCACCAUCUCGGCCUCCAGCCCUGCCGCAGUGCACUAUGGGAUAGAAAGUGGCAACCCUAACGGAACGUUUCAUAUCAACCCGUACACCGGGCUGAUUUCAGUCCAGAGGCAUCUCGACUUUGAGAGCUGUGACUCCUACAAGCUCAAAGUGACGGCUUCUACCACAGCCGGAGCCUCGUCCAGGACAGCUGUUCACGUCUACGUGGUCGACGAGAACGACAACGCUCCUGUGUUCAAACAGAGGGAGUACCUGGGGCAAAUCAGUGAGUCAGCUCACAUCAACAGCAUGGUGAUGGGGGAGAGGAACACGCCUCUGGUCAUCCAGGCGUCAGACGCAGACAAAGAUUCAAACUCUCUGCUGGUGUUUGAGAUCCUGGAGCCGGACGCUCUGAGCGUCUUCAGGAUGGACUCCAGUAUGGGCACCAUCUCUUUGAUCUCACCUGUGGACUUUGAGGCCAAGGCUGAGUAUCACUUCACUGUGCAGGUGAAAGACUCUGGAGAGUCGUCGCUGUAUGCAGCAGAGCCCGCCAAGGUCACCAUCCGCGUCCUGGACCUGAAUGACUGCCCGCCACAAUUCAGCACCUCAGUGUAUGAGCCAUCCAUCAUAUCCCCACCUGUCAGAGACGCAGAGGUCGCACGCGUCAUGGCCCACGACGCCGACUCUGCGGUCUCAUACAGCAUCACCGAGGGGAAUCUUCACAACGCCUUUUCAAUUCACCCGGACACCGGUGUCAUCACUGUGAGCAACGAGUCUGACUUCAGGCCGUUUUACCAGCUGGUCAUCAGAGCAUCUGACGGCCUCUACAAAGACUCAGCCACCGUCAGGGUCAAUGUCACAAACCUGACAGACAGUGAUCUGGGAUUUGAGCACAAAGUGUACUCAGCCAGCGUCACAGAAAACCUGAAGACAGUGAAAACUUUGUUGGCGCUCAAAGCAACAGGUGUUUUUUUAAACGAGCCUGUUUUAUAUUCUGUGGUGAACCCAGUGGGGAAGUUUGUGAUCUCCCAGACGUCUGGCGUUCUAGAAACAACCGGUUUCCCUUUUGACCGGGAGGAACAAGAUGUUUAUGACGUAGUGGUGAAGGUAGAAGACAUGAGAACGCCACCGAGAACAGCCACCACCCAGGUGAAGGUUUUUAUCGAUGACGUCAAUGACAACGCUCCACAGUUUUUAAACUUGCCUUUUUCAAUGAUGAUUUCUGAAACCACCGAACCAGGAGACGUUUUAUAUCAAGCAACCGCCGUGGACAGAGACCUGGGAGAGAACGGAUCCAUCAUGUACUCACUGGAGGAGGACUACAACCUCUUCAGGAUAGAUCCUGAUGUAGGCGAUGUGUCCCUACAGCGGCCACUUGACUUUGAAGCUCUGAAUAAAUAUGUGUUGACAGUCUUGGCUACAGACGACGGCGAGCCCGGUCACACCACAGCGGCAGAGCUCAGCAUUCAAGUGAGGAAUCAAACCAACCCAGUUUUCCAGACUCUUCUGUAUCCGCUCAAAGUCCCCGAAAACGUCCCUCCGUUCACCACCAUCCUUCACGUCCAGGCCAGGAACCCAGAGGGCUACCGGCUCAUUUACAACCUGCAGGAGGAAAACGCCUCGCAACACUUUCACAUUGAUUUCAAAACUGGCGUGUUGACCGUCACCAACCCGCUCGACUACGAGAGCCAGACCAUGCACAUGUUGACAGUUAGAGCAACCGACUCUGUGACCGGAGCUUUCUCUGAGGCCUCCAUCGAAAUCGAAGUAGAGGACGUGAACGAUAAUGCCCCGGUUUUCUCAAAGCGGGCGUACACUGUGGACGUAGUUGAGGAGCUCCCGAUCGGCACCUCUGUGAUACAACUGUCUGCCUCUGACAGAGACUCUGGGAGGAAUAAAGAUCUGACUUUCCAGAUUGUGAAAACGGAGAAGAACGAGACUGACGUCUUCAACAUCGACCCCCACAGCGGGUUGAUUGUCACAAAACAGGUGCUCGACCACGAAAACACAAAACACUUUGAUUUAAGAAUCAGAGCCACUGAUAACGGCACCCUCCCUCUCAGCAGCGAAGCUCACGUCUUCAUAAAUGUGACCGACGUCAAUGACAACCCACCAGACUUCGUCAGCUCCCAGUAUGACGCCACGCUGGAUGAAAUGGCAAAGUGCGGCCACAUCGUCAUCAAAAUCCAAGCCUCAGACCCGGACACCGGCGACCUGAACAACCUUAGAUACAAAAUCCUCUCAGGGAACGAAGGUCGCUACUUCAACAUCAACGAGUCGUCAGGAAUCAUCUCGUUCUCUAACGUCUGUAAGAGGAACCUGGAUCCGUACUAUAACUUGACGGUGGCGGUGUCGGACGGAGUGUUUCAGAAAACAGCUCCAGUCAACAUCGACAUGAUCAACAGCAACAGGCACAGUCCGCACUUCAAGCAGAGCAUCUACGAAGCAGAGCUGGCUGAGAACGCAGAGGCGGGAACUCGGGUGAUACGCCUGGCGGCUAUCGACCCAGACGACGGGCCGUACGGCAGCGUGGACUACACCAUCAUCAACAAACUCGCUGAUGAGAAGUUUGCCAUCGACGCCGACGGGCAGAUUGUCACGACGCAGCCAUUGGACAGAGAGAACCCUGCCCAGAGGGUCAUAGCUAUCAAAGUGAUGGCUAAAGACGGCGGCGGGAAAGUGGCCUUCUGCACGGUGAAGAUCAUCCUCACAGACGAGAACGACAACAUCCCUCAGUUCAAAGCGUCAGAAUACCAGGUGUCAAUCCAGUCCACCGUGAACAAAGGCUCCCCCGUCAUCCAGAUCAUGGCUUAUGAUGCAGACGACGGCAAAAACGCAGACGUCACCUACACGGUGGAUGAAGCCGAAGAGGUGACGGAGGACAUUAUCGAGAUCAACCCUUUCACCGGAGUCGUGAGUGUGAAGGAGAGUCUGGUCGGCAUGGAGAACAAGAUCUUUAACUUCAAAGUCAAAGCUCGUGACGGCAGCCUUCCCUUCUACAACUCCACCGUCCCCGUUCAGCUCAAAGUGGUUCCUCCUGAGGUUCCUCUGCCCAAGUUCUCAGAGCCGCUCUACACCUUCUCAGCUGCAGAAGACGUCCCCAUAGGGACGGAGGUGGGCUCGGUGAGGGCGGACUCCGACAUGCCUCUGAUCUACAGCCUGGUGAACGGGAACACGGUGGAGAGCAACAAGGACAAAGUCUUCAGUCUGGAUAAAGAAAGUGGAACGCUGCUGCUGCAGAAGACUAUCGACCACGAGAAGACAAAGUGGUAUCAGAUCGAUGUGAUCGCCCAGGGGAACCAUAACGGGACGGACGUGGCGUCACUGGUGUCGGUCAGCAUCCAGGUCCAAGACGUGAACGAUAACCAGCCGGUGUUUGAUGCUAACCCGUACAGGGCCUUCCUGGCUGAGAACAUGCCAGCUGGAACCACCGUGAUCCAGGUGACCGCCAACGACCCGGACACAGACACCAACGGCCUCGUGACCUACAGCCUGGAGUCUCUACCUGACGACGCUGCGGCUGACAUCACUGAGAUCUUCUCCAUCGACGGAGAGAGCGGCUGGAUCACCACCGUACGGCCGACGGACUGCGAGGCCACCAGGGUUUACAGGUUCAACGUGCUCGCCACGGAUCAUGGCGGCGACGUCAAGCUGUCAUCCAGCGUCCUGGUGGAGGUGACGGUGACGGACGAGAACGACAACCCGCCAAAGUUCUCAGAUGAAGUGUACCGCGGCUCGGUGGUGGAGAACAGCAGCCCCGGGGAGGUCAUCGUCUCCAUGACGACCACAGACUCUGACGUGUCACUGGAGAACCGCCUGGUGACGUGUUACAUCACAGACGGCGACCCUCUGGGUCAGUUCGCCAUCAUCCAGGAGGACGACGGCGAGUGGGGUCUGAUCGUGAAGGAAGCUCUGGACAGAGAGACCAAAGACAGAUACACGCUCAGAGUCACCGCCACUGACGGGAAGUACGAGGCUCCAGUUACCGUGGACGUCCACGUGUUGGACAUCAAUGACAACAGUCCGCAGUGUGAACAGCUGGUGUACACGGAGGCGGUGAUGGAAAACUCGCCCUCCAGCAUGUUUGUGCUGAAGGUUUCGGCUUCAGACCCAGACGUGGGAGCUAAUGGACAGAUCUCCUACACCCUCCACGGUCCUGACGCAGACAAGUUCCAUCUCGACCACAGGACAGGCGAGCUCUUCACACUGGCUGUGUUGGACCGGGAGAAGGAGGUGGAGUAUAAUCUGGUAGCGAAGGCGACGGACGGCGGCGGGCGGUCGUGUCAGGCGGACAUCCGGCUGAUGGUCCAGGACAUGAACGACAACCCACCUCACUUCUCCUCCAGCCACUACGAGGUCACCGUGUUCGACAACACCACCGUCCGAACUCCCGUCGCUGUCAUAUACGCCAAGGACCCCGACACUGGUAUAAACUCCGAGGUCAAGUACUCCCUCCUGGCGGGUGACAGCGGCUACUUCUCUCUGGACGAGUUUUCAGGGAUCCUGCGUCUGGAGCGACCUCUGACCCCUGACACGCCGCCCACCUUUGAGCUGAAGGUGAAGGCCACUGAUCGUGGCCUGCCUCGUCACCUCUACUCUGUUGCCACGGUGACGGUGGACGUGGUCUCCUUGGACGACUACCAGCCUGUCUUCCUGAGCUCAGAGUACACGGCUCAGCUCCCAGAGUCCUUAGCGGUGGGGUCGGAGGUGCUGAGCGUCUCCGCGCUGACGAGGGACGGAGGAGGGCCGGAUCCUGUCUUCUACCGCAUCGUGUCCGGCAACGAGGACGGACGCUUCCUGCUGGACUCACGGACAGGCCUCCUGACCCUCAGCGCCCCGCUGGACUUUGAAGUUUCGCGGGAGUACUACCUGUCUGUGGAGGGAAGUCGUGGAAAGUCGUCCCUCAGUGACAUCACCACGGUUAUCAUCAACGUGACUGACCUGAACGACAACACGCCGGUGUUCGGACGAGGCGACUACAGUGCAGAGGUGUCAGAGGACCUGACGCCUGGAGGCCUGGUGAUGAAGGUCACAGCCACCGAUCAGGACGGGCCCAUCAACAACCUGCUGCGUUACUCCAUCGUGAGCGGAGACCCUCUGCAGCAGUUCACAAUUCACCCUCGCAGUGGAGAGAUCAGUGUCCGCACGGCGCUGGACAGAGAGGAGAUCCCUCAUUACUCUCUGACGGUGCAGGCAGCAGAUGAAGGAGACCCUCCUCUGUCCUCUGCCGUCCUCAUCACCAUCACCGUCACAGACGUCAACGACAACCCGCCUGUCUUCUCUCAGGUCAACCACAGUCUGCUGCUGCAGGAGGGCGAGUCAGUCGGCACCGGGAUCCUCCAGCUCGUGGUGACGGACAGAGACACGCCCAGGAACGGCCCGCCUUUCUCCAUCCACAUCGUCAGCGGCAACGAGGACCGCCGUUUCCACGUGGACCAGGGCGGCCUGCUGUCGCUCUCGGCUCCUCUCAGAAAGAAGGUCAAACCUCAUCAUCAGCUCAAGAUACAGGUGACGGACAGUGGCCACCCUCCCCUCUCUUCCAUCUGCGUGGUCAACAUCAACGUCACCGAGCAGAGCAAGUAUCCUCCCUCUGUCGUACCUCUGGAGGUCUUCAUCACCUCCUCUGGCGGCCUGUUUGCCAACCGGGUCAUCGGCCGGCUCCACGCCUCCGACCAGGACCUGCAGGACGUCCUGACCUACAAGCUGGUGUCAGAGAGUCCAGACGAAGGACGCUUCUCCGUCGACCUGACUGAUGGAAAAAUCUGGGCGGAUGAAAACCUGAAGGAGGGCUCCUACUCCCUCAACGUCAGCGUGACAGAUGGGAAGUUCAGUGUCUGGACCGGGGUCAAAGUUCACGUGUGGGCAGCUGACCAGAGGACGCUGGACUCUGGCCUGACACUGCAGCUGGUGGGACUGUCCCCGGAGGACUUUCUUGGCGACCACUGGAGAGGCCUGCAGCGCAGCCUGGGCCAGGCUCUGGGUUUACCCCGACAAGAGCUCCACCUGGCCAGCCUGCAGCAGCUCCCUGAGACCCGGGUCCUGGAGGCGCUGCUGAUCUGGAGGCCUCAGAGCGGACGAGUCCAGUCUCUGCCGACCAGCAGACUGGCAGGCAUUAUAUCGGACAUCGAGGACUCUCUGGGCCUCAGCAUCCUCAGGGUGAGUCACAACGGCUGUCUGGGCGCCGGCUGCCCACCGCGAGGCUGCAGGAACGCCGUCAGACUGACAGCAGAGAGACUGAGCCAUUUCACCACCGCCAGAGCCGCUUACAUCACCCCGCAGCACACCUGGGAGAGCGUCUGCCCCUGUAACGAGUCGGCGCUGAGGUUUGACGGUAAAUCGCACCUCAAGUUCCUCCACCAGAUGGACGAGGACAACCAGGACUUCAGACUGUCACUGAGGUUCAAGACUUUCCAGGAGCACGGCCUCAUCGUGUCCACCAACGGCUCCAAGGACUGGGGAACUUUAUGGGUGGCGGAUGGAGAGCUGCAGUUCAGGUACCGCUGUGGAAGCUCCGCCCCUUCUUCCUUACCUGUCACAUCUGACCUGGUGUCAGACGGCAGGUGGCACAACGUCCUGCUGGAGGUCAACUCCAGCGCCCUCAGACUGACCCUGGACCAGCAGCACCCGGCCUCCGUCCCCCUCAGCCAGCCGUGCAGGAUGCUGCGCUCCCAUGGUGCUUUGCUCUUCGCUUCUCUGACUCAGGACUCUGCUCCAGACGUCCGCCAGCAUCCACACAAUUUCAUCGGCUGCCUCGAGGGGCUGGAGCUCAACAGGGAGCCAAUCAGAGUGGGUGACGCGGCGGAGUGGGCGGGGCCGGGGAGCAGGAGGGUGUUUGGGGUGUACCAGUGCUGCAGCAGGGCGGGUGCCUGCGACACCAACCCCUGUGAGAACAACGGCGUCUGUGAGGAAGACGCCAGCGGAGAGCCGCGCUGCAGGUGUGCAGGACUCUUCCACGGCGCCCGCUGCGAGCUGGCUGACAACCCGUGCGCCUCUCAGCCGUGCGCCCACGGCAGGGUGUGUGUGCCAAAGGCUCAGGGCUACAUGUGCAACUGCUCUCUGGACGACGCUGACGCACGGUGUCACAAUCAGAUCGAGGUGUGUUCGCCCAAAUCGUGUGCCGGAGGCUUUGACUGUAAAGUGACUGACGGCUCGAUUCACUGCGACCCGCUGCCUCAGGUGUCUCCAAUGAUCGGCUACAUGGAGAUCAUGGAGAUCAGCGUCGCCGUGCUCGGCAUUCUCCUCUUGGUCGGCAUGUUCGUUUGCAUCAGGAAACGUUACGUUCAGAAAAAGAAGAAGAAGCCCGUCUGCGUGCAGGACUCCAACGGAUAUUUCCAGUCCAGUCUCGCCAAGAGCCUCAAAGCUGACAGCCAGGAAGGAAACCCCAUCGAGAUGAGCUCACUGGUCGGUCCCACCAACGACCUCGACCACACGCCCUUCAGGUCGCUCCGCCCACGCAGUCAGAUCAUAUCGUCAGGAGGCGGGGUUUCCUCUCCAAAGACACAGGGGCCGGUGGUGUGCAGCGUUGCACCGAACCUCCCUGCCAGGCCGCCGUCCAGCUCCGACAACGACUCCAUCAGGAAGAACCACUGGGACAUGGACUAUGAAGUCUAUCCCGCAGACCCUGAUUACUACGGCCGCCCUGCCGUCCAGGAGUUCCCCCAGUUUGACAUCGUAGAGGACGCCUACUCCACCUCCACCAUGGACUCACGGAGGAACUCUCGAUUCGGUGGCUUCCCGUUCCCGCUGGAUCGCUGCGACCGCCGUGCUCCCCUCCCGCCCUGCUACAGCAACCAGAACCUGGACGACUUCCUGGGUCCUGAUGGACUUCCUCUGCCCAGCUCCCAGUGCCCCAACGAGUACACCGCCAUCAGCUACUACCCCACGCAGCACACCCGCAGCCUGGACAACGUCUCUGCAGGAUACAAGAGACUAAGCAUGCGUCUGAGUGUCGCCAUGCCAUCGUACGCAGAGCAAGCCAGCCCGCCGCCACCACCGCCGCCACCAAACCCCGCCCAGCCUCAGACGAGACCGGUGGGGCAGAACCAGCGGAGCUACGACGGGCUGAGUAUGGUGGAGAGCGACUAUGGGAGCUGUGAGGAGGUGAUGUUUUAGGGCUGGUGGUUAUGAAACAGUACGAGUACACUUCACCAUGUUUGACGGCAGCUCUGUGUACGCGUACACGUCUCAGCCUGACUCUUUGAAACUAAUGAACAGCAGCUCAGCGGGCGCUCUCUCAGAGAUCUGACUCUUUUCUCCACAGAUGAAAGCGCAGCGUGAAACAACACUUCAUUUGUUUGACUUUUCAAAGUAGUGUAGUCGUGCUGUGCUAGACGAGGCGGGGGUAAUUCGGCUCCGCUCCCUUACCUCCAUGCUUUAAGUUCAGCAGGAGUUCACGCCUUUGUCUGAGACGCACUGCCGAGAGCGCUCGUUAACUUGUUAGGGUUGUGAAAUAGUAUUACUGACUUGACUGUGGGCUGAUUCAGAGUCACAAUAUGGCGAGACUUUUUCAGAAGACGAGUCGGCCCUGUGCUGCUGCACCUAAUCUCGUCCAGCUCCGCCAAACACUGACAGUGGCAUGUUCACCGUGCAGCGUGUGAUGUGUCGGGCAGGUGGAACACAUGGUUGCCAUGACAGCGGCCGGUGUGACAUUCAGACAACAGUGUUCAUUUAUGAUGAAGCGCUGAUAACAAGCUGUGAUGAUGCGUCAUGUCAGAGGCGUUCAUCAUGCCGACACUCUGCUGCAUGUGUGUGUUCAUUUAUCUGACCAGCAGCUGGUGUCGGCCCACUGUUUCACACCUGAAGGUAUUAAAGUGACACUGAGCACAUUUCACGCAGGAUAAACAUUUCACUGACUCUUUAAUCUGCUUCUUGUUGCUGUUGUUUCUUGUUGCUGUCUGUGAGAAAGGCGGAGGCUGGAUCCUCAUCAGAAUAAAAAGAUGAAAGCCGCACAUGGCGGUGACACGGUCGAUGUUCGUGGUGAAGUCGAUGUGUUUGAGUGUUUGUAGUUUCACUGCUGUAAAUUCUGUUUAAAUCUGUUGGACUGUAAUUAGUGUGAACGAGGUCUCAGUGUUUCAGUGUUCGUGCUCUGCCCUGAUCAUAAAGGGAAGAAAAAGUGUCCAUGCAGCCAUUUUAAAUGGUGUAAAUAUUCAGAUGAAAGAAAAACUUGUUUUGGUCCAGAGUUUGUUUUUUAUGCAACAUAUUAAAAAGUGAACGUGUUAAACUGAGUUUUAGAGUCUGUGUUAGCUGCAGUUUCUAAAGUCGACUCACAGUUCAGAGCCACAAUUACACAUCAUCAUCAUUUCAUCAAUAUUUCUUUCAUAGAGAGUUUAAAGCAAAAAUGAAUACUGAUAAAACUGGAGCUAACAAGUGUUUCAUGUUUUUAAUUAAAGGUAGACUCUGCAGGACUGUUAGUGACGCUCGUCAGUCACAGUGAAAGUAAAAGCCGACCUCAGACUCACUUGUUUCAACACGUUCUCAUCCCAACUCAUCAAAUAUCACCGUUUGAUCAGAGGACUUUAUCGUCUACACGUGACGUGCGACGUAUCGUCCUGUGUCAGCUGUUGAUGUUCAGAGACGCUGUGUUAAUUUACACCUGUUAUAUGCAUUGUGUCUUUUCAAAAUAAACUUCUGUUUCCACAGGAAAUGUUCAGCUCUGCUCCUUAAAGUCGCCAUAACACCUGGAACUAAUGCACGUGGUUAGGUUUAGAAAAAACCUCUCCUGUCUAAGGAGAGCAGCAGGCUCCUGAGUGAAAGUCCAGGGUUUGUUGGACCAAUCCACCUCCUCUCCUCAGCUCCAGCAGCAUUUCAAACUGACGCUGUUCGGUGGCGUAUCAUACCACCACAAAAGGUGUCAUUUGGUGUCUGUGUCUGGUGCCAGUGUUGAUAUUUGAUGAGUUCAGAAUAAACAGGCUGGUACCUGACAUCCUGGGAAUGAGGACAGUUUGGUGAACAGGAGCAUAUUCUUCUCAAUUGAGGUUGAUCAUUUUAUUUUUGGUUUUUAUUUUCCUUGACCUGUAUUCAUCGUCUGUCUCUUGAAGCCCCGCCCUCCUGAAAAAGCCCAGUCUGCUUUGAUUGGUUAGUGUUUCCAGGUUGUCCAUAGUUCGGCGUCUCUGCUCCGUCACUGCAGCAGGGAACGACUCUAACAAAGUAUUGUGGCACUUUUUACUGUGAGAAAUCAGCAGCAAGUUUCUACACACAACUCGCCACGUUCCAGCAGCAAUAUGAUCAAAAAUCAACAAUAGCACCUGAGUUUGCAUGUUUCAUUGUCGUUAGCAUGUAGCUACAUGUAGCAGGGAGUAUAGUUUCACUUUGUACCCUGAAAAAAAAAAAAAAAAGUCACCAAUAAAAGCUUCUAAACCAAAAUCCUACUCACAGAGAUCACUGUCACAUACAUUCACCUCAUUAUUUAAAACUUCGACUACGUGUAAUAAAAACAUUUCACAUUUUAACGUCACAUUCAUGACAGGAAAUGAGGAAAAGUUUAACAGGUCUCCUCUGACAGAACCACAGAGCCACAUGCAUUAUGUAGGAGUUGACACAGUAAGUGUGAUAAAGACUGUUUGAGUUUGUCCUCUCAGCAGUUUCCUCUUCAGUCUGUCUUCAUACUCGAAGCUCAGAUCAGAUUGUUUCAUAUCAUCCGUCACAAAAACAACGAGUGUCAGCGAGCAAUGAUACGACUCAAACAAGCGUCUGUUGGCUGCUUUGUGAAUUCCAGCGCAGAUAAACGGCCUCUCAGAUCAGAUCUGAAAGACAGAUCAGAUUUUCAGCUGUGUGGACACUUUGUGUUUUUUGGCAAACGCUGGCUGAAUGCGCUGUUUACCGCCGCCACCUUCGUGUAGACGUGUCGGGCUGCAGAUGAUGCAUGUAAAAUCAAAGCAACUGGGUUUUUACAUGGCUCCUGGGCUCCUGGGGGCCGGCGAGAUAAACAGGACACGAGGGCGCUGGGCAGACUGGGGUGGGUGAUUCAGACAGGUUCAUCAGUAUCAGCCUGUUGUUUGUUGUUAAUGUCCUGACGGUCAGAUCGCUCCCAUCUGGCACCGUAACUGGCUGAAUCAAAGCACACACACACACUCUGCAGAUAUUAAUGUAGAUUUAGUCUCUGCUGUUUUUACUGCAGUCGUGCUGAGCUGCUGCUGAGCUGUGGCUCUGUCUCUGAAACAGGACGACGUAAAGAGACGAGAGGUUUGGAAACAGAAUUCAGGACGCAUCGAGAGACGCUCGUACGUGCAGCAUCAGGGAGUGUAACAGAUUUCAGACGUUGAUUCUGACUCGUGUUUUGUCUGAUACAGAAAAAUAUCUCUGGUCUGAAAUGAGAGAUCUGACCUGUAGAAAAGCAUCAACAUCAGACAGGACUUCAGAAUCAUCAAUUCGUCCAAUCAGAGAAUCCUGAGCUGUCACUGAAGGAACACUUCAACAAAAACAGCCAGCUCGUCUAUGUUGUACUUUAGUACGUAAAGCUAUCAGGCUUCUCACUGAGGACCGGACGUCUGAGUUAGCUUCUUGUAAAAUACACAACAUCUCACUUUAAGUCUCAACACAUGCAAAAUGUAACAUGUUUAUUCAUGCAUCGUUACCAACAGAAAGUAAUGCACCACGAAUACGUUUAUUACCCAUGAAACUCUGACGGCUGUGAUCAGCUGAUGAACGCACUGACAUGAGUAAAGAAGAAAGAAGAGUGAAAGUCUUCAUAAGGACACAGGUUUGGGGGUGGAUGGGUCAAACAAACACAGAACUUUUCCCAGGAGAUGAGUGUUCAUGUCCCGUCUGAAACCAAGUGAACUUUGAGUUAUUUUAAGGUACGUGUUCAUGUUACCUGAACUAAGUCUCUUUACGUGAGGUAUGGAACAUGAUGAUGUCCAACCGUGUUAGUUUUCCUAAACCUGACCUGAGUUAUUUUACUUUCUUCAUUCAAACAUUCAUAACUUAAUAUUUCUAUGCCAGACAUCAGUAAUUUUAUCUACUAAACCUAGACUACGUCACUUUGCUUUACGAUGACACCCAACCAUGUUUCUUUUCCGAAGCAUAACCUUUAUUUUUCUAAAACUAACUUGCGUAACUCUACCCUCCUAAAACUAACCUGCGUAACUUAACGUUAAGUACAUGACAUGAGGUCUCCCAAUCAUCAUUUUUCUCUCUGAUCUAACGUAGGCAACUUUACUUAAGUUAAGGAUUUUUCUCCUUGACCUCAAAUAACUGAUAGUGGCGCUAAUUUGUUGGGCACUACUUUACUAGAUAUCAUACAAAGUGUUGGGUCGUUGGUGUAUUUCACAGGAAUAGGCUAGCCGUUUUCUCCUGCCUCUGCUUUUUGUGCUAAGCUAAGCUAAACAUACAGCAGAGCUCCAAAUGCAAGUAAGUAAUCUCCCAACAUGUUGGAGUGUUCUGUAAAUAAACUGUUUUUAAAGUUCAAGUGUAUCCUCAAAAUUUAAGAGCAAUAUAUUUUACCAUACGUAAAGGAUAAGAAUGAAGUUAUCUUGUUUAGCCAGAGAAAGCAGACGGUCUGAGCCACAGACACCAAGACAGCAUCUUUCAAAUGGUCAGAAAGUUGUCAAGCAUUUGAGUCUUUUAAAUUUCACAUAAUGGAUUAAUAAUAUUUAAUGAGCACUGACGUUUUGCAGUUUUCCACGAUAAACAGUGUAUUCCUGCUGCAUUUCCUGUUGCAGUCCGAGCAUUGCACUGAAAACUAAAUAAGCAAGAAGUGACUAUUUCUGAAGACCAGUGAAAGUGUUGUAUCAUAAAAAAAAAGCUAACUCAACCAUGCUGUUAUAAUAAAUGCUCAAAUAUGUCGAACUUACCAACAUUUACAUUUGAGUAACUGAAUUCCUGCUGUUCUCAAAUUAAUCAUUUUCUAAACUUUAGGCCGGUGUCGUCUCUGCUUUACUCAGAUUUUGAACUCAUAUUGUGAAAUGUGACAGCGUGUCACUGGCUCCUCCUCACAGUGUCGUGGUACGUCAUGGGUUAAUGUGUAACGUCCGUCUGUCUCUGGUGGUUCAACUGUGACGUGUUUCAGAGAGAAGAUCUAUAGUGUGCAGGUGUUGUGUUGUACAUACAGUGUGUAUCUGUGCUGUAGAUUGUUGUUUGUGCCGAAUAUGACUUCACUUGAAUGUACGUUACUUUUCUUGUUAUUCAUAAAGUUUAGUUUUUUGAAUCAAUGUGGGCCGCCCCAUGUUUGACCCUGGUGUUUCUCUGUGAGAGAUUUUAUUACGAUACCGCCUUUUCCUUUUGUUUUCCAGUAUUGUAAAGAGAAUAUAUGAAUAAAGAUAUUAUCUUCUAUGAA